UUAUCGCAUCAUCGCAUCUAACCAUAAAUUACUGUUUCAGCCAGACAAGGGGGUCUUCACUGAACCUGCACGGCUGACAUCUCAACGACGGAGUUACUUCUCUUCUCAUGCUUUAGAGAUAAACCCUUAUUUUACCUCUUAUUUUCUGUGAUCACCAUCUCUUCUCUCAAUCUCUCUUCGGAGCCGGUGGCAUAUUGGCCGCGCUGGAUGGCCGCUGCACCUAACGGACCGGUGUGAAUAGUUUUCUUUCUUUAUCCCCCCCUCCCCUCCAUCCAGCCCCUUCUUCAUUUUUCCUCUGACUCCAAGAGGCUGAGCACAAAACAGGAGCAGAAGCAAUGGAAGACCAGGUGACCCAGGAGUCCUGCGCCGUCCCGGAGCCGACGGUUGUGGAUCCCUGGCCGGCCACAGUGCGGAACGGCCAGUGCGCCGCGGAUGGCUUCACCAACCACCAGCAGCAGCAAGCCAAGACCCCCACAGAGCCGGAGUCUUUCACAGUGAACCAGGAGAUGAAGAUUACUGACAAUGUGGACGGAGAAGGUCUUCUUGAGAGCAGCAUGCGCCUGAAGCCCCACGAGGCUCAGAACUACAGGAAGAAAGCUCUCUGGGUCUCCUGGGUCUCCAUUGUGGUCACACUUAUCCUGGCUGUGGCAGCUUUCACUGUUUCCUUCAUGAGACACAGCGCAUCAGCCUUUGGAUUUGCCUUUGAUGCCACACUGGAUGUCAUGUCAUCAGCCAUCGUUCUUUGGCGCUACAGCAACGCAGCAGCUGUUCACUCUGCACACAGAGAGUACAUAGCGUGUGUGAUCCUGGGGAUUGUGUUUAUUCUCUCCUCACUGUGUAUCCUGGGAAAAGCCAUCCAUGAUCUGGCCACCAGGAUGCCUCCAGAAGUGGAUGACUUCCUCUACAGCGUCUCCAUAGUGAGUGGUCUCAGUUGUGCUGUGCUGACUGUGGCCAAGUUCAUGCUGGGAAAAAAGCUGACAAGUCGGGCACUUAUUACUGAUGGGUUUAACUCGAUGGUUGGAGCAAUCAUGGGAUUCUCAAUUCUCAUCAGUGCUGAAGUCUUCAAGCAGCAUCCCGAUGUCUGGUUUUUGGAUGGCACCAUUGGGGUUUUAAUCGGACUAAUCAUUCUGGCCUAUGGAGUCAAGCUCCUGAAAGACAUGGUGCCACGGGUCAGGCAGACGAGGAACUACGAACGCUUCGAAUGAAAGAGCCUGAGGCUAAUCAGAUUAGCAGUUUUAGACACACACACCCACCCACACACACCUGGGAGCCUCCUGCCCUCUCCUCUCUCAUCUUUCAUACACUCAUCCACAUACUGCUUGUACAUUCACUAUUACGGGAUACAUCAUGCUCUGUUACAUGCAUAUAUGUGAAUAUACAUUUUGCUGUACAUACUGUACAUAGUACACUCCAACAUUCAAUUACUCAAGUCUGAGAGACCUUAAGAGAUAAUGACAUUAUUGUCAUCAUUGAAGAUCUUCUCAGCUCUGAGUUUUUUUCUCCUUGUUCUCCUAAAUAGCUCUUAAAUGCAUCAAGUUAAAACUGUCACCUUGGAUGAGGAAGAAGCAAGAUUAUAAACUCAAAACCUCAAGAAGUGCUUCGGGUUUGUUCAGGAAGGCAGAGACCGAUGUCAAUACAGAUUUUUAUGUUGAUAAUGUCUUUAAAUAAGGUCUUCUGUGAAAAAGUGGAUUUAUCCUUGUAAUUUACUAAAGAAGACAUUCAACGGGCUUUUUAGAACAAAACUGUUCCUUCAUUGUCAGACUCUUGCUCUUAGCUGCCCACUAAUUUACAAACUUUAUCAUUUCAAGUGACUAUUAAGCAGAAGUGUGUCAAACAGAGAAAUUCUUCUGAGAUUAGCCUCUUAAAUUAUCUCUAAGACAUGAAAACAGGAGGAGAAACGAUAAAUGCUAUAUCUUCCUGAAACAUUGACAACUUUCAGUUAGGUGACUGAGUUAAGAUUAAAGGACUCAUUAAGCACAAACAUUUGCCAUAGAAUGGCAAUGGAAAUAAAGUUCAGUGCACAAAUCUGGAAUUGUUUGAUUUUUAAAAAUUUUUUUGUAAUAAGGUCAAGCACAAAUGUAUGAAUCAGCUAUGAUAAUAUACACUUGUUGACUGCUGCUGACAGCUGACCAUUGAGCCAACUUGGGCCACACAAAGGCUUGAAAUUCAAGAUAUACUACUUUACAACCACUAUUUAAAAACAAAAUAUAUUUUCUUAAUUUAUCUUAGCUGGGUAAAAUUAAGUACUGCAUUGGACUCUAUUUAAUUGCAGUGAGGUGUUCAUGUAUUUUCAUUAUUUUCUUCUGCACCAAAAAUCCAUUCAAUCAUUUUUCUACUUGAAAUUGUGAAAGAGAGGGCGCAGUCUCACCUGACAAUAAUGAGGUUUAAAUAAGUGUUGACUUUCAUACCAUUCUUGUAAUUCAUACACGUUACGGUGUUAGAAUACUGCACUGAACCCAGGGAGGGUGUUUUUUAUUAUGACUUAAAAUCCAGUUAUUUUAGUCAGUUGCCUAUUUCUUAUUCACUGUAACAGCAACGAAGAAACUUGAGAAACUUUAGUGCAAUGUCAAAGAUCAAGCAGCUUGUAGAAAACCAACUUAGUGACUCAGUGUUCUCAGUAAGUCUGAUUUUAUGUUCAUCAACCUUUUCUUCAUCAUCUCCUCCCAAUAUAAUUAUAAUGUUUAUCAUUACAUGCAAUGAACAGAAUGUAAUAGCAAAGCACAUGCUCUGUAAAUAUGUUUAUUACACUGUUCGAAGUAUAAAGCAUAUCGUAUAAAAGUACAAACUGGUUAUAGUUGCAUACUGUUAAACAUGUUUCCUCUGUAGUGUGAAUAUACUGUAAAAGUCUUACAUUUUACUGUAGAUUAUUGGUGAAAUGGAACGACAAGUCUUACUGUAAGUUGCUGCUGUGGGUGAACAUUCCUGAAAGGAUCUCGGCAUGCUCUGGCUGCUCGGUCCAAGCCUCAACUCUUGUGCAGCUGCUUAAAUAUGAUUCUUUACUCACCUAAAUCUGAGUCAAAACACCGUUUGACCUCAGGCACUGAAUAUUCAUCAUGUCUGAGCAACAACCACACUUGAAUCGCACAUAAAUCCAUUUUUAUUGAAGCGUAAAUAAAUAUUUAGGUGUAUAUAUGCUCAAAUUCAUGAAGAGCUUGCUUAGUAUAAAAGUAUAUUUCAAGGACCCAGUUCUUCAUGUUAUAAUGAAUAAAUAACGAUUGACUGCCCUCUUAUGGUUGGUAGAAGAGUUACAAUGGUCUUAUUCAAAACUUUAAAUCCCAAGGUAAAACUCUACAUUUUUAUCUGUGGCUGAACAGAGUUAUAAAAGCAUUGUGGGGUUAUGAACAGGCCUGAAUCCAGCUCUGUGUUGAUGGGUUUAGCAAAGUGUGACAUUUCUGCUAUCCUUAGUUCCACUGUGUGAAGAACAUGGAUAAGCUGCAAACUGAAGGUGUGAAUCGGUUCACAUCAGUUCAACUCACCAACAGCACACUGAUUUGUAAUGUCCUCCACUCCCCUCUUAACUGCACAGAAGACAAUUUCAACAGCGACUCUCCUGUAAGUCAAGCACAGUUUUUUAAGCAACCCCAUACUGCACAGAAAAAAAACAUUCACUGCAAACCAGCUUGCUUCCCUUUACACCAGAUUAAAACUGCGACAUGAUUUCUAAACCCUCCAAUGCUAAUCGCAAAUCGGUGUAGCAAAAAUCGCAGCAGUACUACACACAUCACACAGUACUACUCCCACAUUUGUCUUUAUAAAGAGGUUUUCUGCACCUUUUCUGGUGCAGCAUGAAAACAUAAAUUUGUGGGGGUUUUGUACAGUGUUGAGCUUGCCAUUUUGGGCAAUAAUUAUAAGUUAAUGCAGUGCUUUAAUUUAAGUUGUGAUGCAUUUGUUCUAAAAUUAAAGCUGCCAGCCAGGCAUGAGUCUUGCGCAUGAAAACAAUGUGAAAUCUCUUGCUAAAUGGCAUUGGGAGGAUGCAUUAACCUCGAUGUUCCAUAUGACCUUUUUAAUGUCUCAGUUUUACUCCAGUGUAAAGGGGGCUGAAUAAUAAUGCUUAUACCCCAACUCUUUUACGCAUUUCACAAGUUAUUGUUGUGAAAAGGAACAUUUUAGGAUGUUGGCACAAAAAUCCCUUCUACCUCUCUUCUUUGUACCUUGUGUUGUUUUCAUUCCACUUCAUGUUGGAGCAUUCAUGCUUCACAGUUUCCAUGUUAAAGUUAAACAGCUCAUCGAUCGAUACAUGUUGUAGUAACUUAAUCCCUCCUAUUUUUUGUAUGAAUAUUUGAAACGACAUCAGACUCUCUUUAGUCUACAAACAAAUCUGAAUCAUCAACAUGUGUCUCGGUUUCAUGUGGGCAUGCUGUCGAUGCAGAAAUGGACCAUUCAUUCCACCAAAUUAUAAAAUGUUUUUGAAAGCAAUAUGAACCAGCUCUCUGUUGCCAUAGGCUUUGCAUGGGCUUUUAAAAACCCAACAGUGUCAGUGGCUACAAAUGCUUUACAUCCACACACGCACACAGAUGUAUAAAUGAAUUUACAAAGAAACCAUGUAACGAAUCGUUUGUACAAUGACGGCGUUGAUGGUAUUACAGAUGAUGUGAACAUGAUUUAUGUAAUUGAACAUUAAGGAAAUAUGUAU